UCUCUUAUCUCUGAACUAGAUAUUCUAACCUAACAGUAUAUUCUUGUUGAUCCUGUCUGUAACAUCAAAUCAAGUAAAUACAUCUAGAAUACGCUCCCCUCCCCAUCGCACCCCACUGGAAAUAUUUAUACAAGAGGUUCAUAUAACAAGGGAAGAUUAUGAGAAUAUAAGUAAACUUACAAGAAGAAAGGUGCCCUCUUUACAAGAUAGAAAAUAUGUUAGAAUUAGAUGGAGCAGAAGCAGCAGACCGGUUUGCUAAGAAAUAUCUGCCAGAUCUGAGGAAAGUUAGUGUUAGAUUUCCUGAAGAAUGGUUGUCCAGUGGUACAGCUAUCCAAUUCCCUGAUUUACCUCCAGACAAAUUAAAUAUAUUGCUGAAAGAGGUGGAAAUAGGAGAAAAAAAUGAUGUUAGACACUUUAUGGGACACGUUACUAAUGCGCGUGCUGAACAUGAAGUUUGGACAUAUUUGACUCAAAUUUCUCAAUCAACAAGGACAGCUCUAUUGUUCAACUACAAAACCAAAAUGUUUUAUACUUUAUUUGGUCUACCUGAAAAACAACUACAACGAGAAUUUGACUUUCUUCUCAUAGUUGCUGAAUAUAAGAUAGUUGUUUGUCUUGAAGUCAAAGUGUCUCGGUUUGGGUUUCGGGGUGGCUUACAGGCUUUGAAAAAAGGAGAAGAUUUCUACCAUGAAGUGCUGGCUGCUAUUGGAGAAGAUGAAUACAAGGAUUGGGAAUAUAUUCCUGUCGCAGUUUUCCCAUAUGCAGUAAGCAGGAAUGAAGUGAGAGGAAGAGAAUGGUUUUUUAGACAUUAUCCUAAUCUUGAAAUAGUCACCAGGCAAGAAAUGAAUCAGCCUGGAAGCUUCAUAGAUUUACUUCAUCUUCCCAAAAAGUUCCCUAUUGAUGAAUCAUAUAUAAGGUUGGUUAAAGUUCUGAUGGCGUCAGCACACUGCAGUUCUCCUCCCUUAAAUAUGAUUGAAGAAACCAAGAAGAAACUUAUUGGACUUAAUACUCCUGACCUAGGGGUUGGUAUCUCACAGGACCCAUGGCCUCCCAGCUCUACAGUUUCAUUUUUAAGUUUGAAAGAAAAACCAGUUGGUUCGGUUGAGAGUAUAAUAUUCUGGAACAAGGAGCAUGCUCAGUUUUUAUUUCAAGAUACAUCAAAUAUCAUUUUGUCAGGAGAAUUUGGUUCUGGGCAAACUACCCUUCUCUUCAGUAAAGUUAAAUCAAUGUUGGAGAGGGGGUUGAAAGUUGUAUUCAUUUCCUGCUUGCUCCCAUGGGAAGGUGUAAGUCCUAUCUAUAACGUCCUGAUGCGACAAGAAAUUGAAAAUAUUGGUGGCAUGUUUUACAGUGCACAGGACAUAUGCCAGGCAAAGAAAACUGCUGUUACAGAAGUAGAUUUCUAUUCUCUGCUUGUUCAGUUUGUACAGGAAAGACAGGUUGAAACAAGAUCAACUAUUAUCAUUGACAAAUUCGGAGACAAUAUGAUGAAAACAUAUAACGAAGAAAAGAAGAACAUGAACAAGAUGUUACUGCGAAAAGUAGUAAAAUCUUUGUCUAAACAUGGUCAAGCUGGCGCACAGCUGAUCAUAUCUAUUCCUCCACACUGUGAAUUUAAUGAUUUUUAUUUCAAAGAUUUGGAAUUCAUACAACUUAAAUAUGUGCUAAGAAUUACUGCUUCCAUAUACGGAUAUGAACAAGCAAUGCAAGAUAAUUCUAGUGACGUAAUUUUUUCAUCUGUAAUAGGACCUUCACCUGUUUACAUAACUAGCAAUGGAGAUGAUUUCUAUGGUAAAACGCUAGAUGCAGUUAGUGGGAAAACCAGGAAAUUUGUUCUCCUAUCGGAUACUGACAGAUUUGAUGGCGCUAAUUAUGACAAGGUUAAAGCUGAACUGGAUAAGUUAGGAAUAGAAAUAUUUGAGUAUCUUACACUGAAAGAUAAUAUGAAGAAUCUUGAACGAUUCCGGAAAGCUGAAGAAGGAUGUUUGAUUACAAAUUACAAAUGUAUCAGAGAAGUCGAAUGUAGUGCGUUGGUAGUUUUUACUGAAGAUUUGUUUGAGAAAGAGGAUUCAAGAAUUCUAAGAGCUACAAUUUUCUUAGUAGUUGCAAUUAUGAAGAAAGUUGAUCCUCUUACUGUCAACUAUAUAAAUAUGGAAUGUUCCAAUCAUCAUCUUUUUAUGAAAGGGUCCGUUAAGGACCCCUCUUUAUACAGCAGAAUUGUUAAAGAGUUGCUUGAAAGGAAGAUUGAAAAAUAUAUUCUUCUUAUUGAUACAGUUGUGCAUACAUCAAAGAGAUUAUUCUUGGAACAGCUGAAGAGACAGGGCGUAAACCCACCAGAUAUUGCUCCGAAGCUAGAUACUCCAGCAAAUCUUGAGAUUGUUAGAAUAUCUUGUGAAGAAAGCAGUAAAGGUGCCAUUUACACCAGAGCUCAUAUUGAGGAAGAAUGCGUGGUUUGGUUUGCUCGCAAUAAUAUACCCUUGAUUUAUUUUCACCAAGCUUCUGACAAUCAGGAUAUUCAGCGAAUUCUCAGCAACAAACCUGAAUUCUUCAUUCAAGUUAACUAUGUAUGAUAGAUUUAAUCCUGUAGUUCACCUUUACACUUUGCAGCUACCUUUUUUAAACUCUUUUACUCGUUAUUUUUUACAUUCUCAAAAAAUAAACAUAAACCAAAUGAAAAUUACUUUUUUACUAUGAAAUUCUUAAAGUUAUGUACUUUUUUAAUCUUCAUUAAAAAGACUGCCACAAGUCCAUAAUUAAA